ACAUAAAAUAAUAUGCACUAGAAUUUGAACUCCAAAUAUUUUAUAGUUUGCAUCGAAAAGUCUGCUCCAAACAAUCAGAGGAAAAAAUCAAUGAUUUCUUCAUCCAGGAAAAGAAAAUCAUCUUCAUUCCUCCUUGAUGGCUUUUCUAUUGAUCCACAUGUUUUAAAAUAAGGCGACCAAGAAUAAGAGGCAACCUCGGUAUUUUACCAGGAAGUAGCGUUGUGUUGAAUUAUAAACUUAUGGAGUCAAAGCUAAUAAAAUUCAGACUUUUUCUUUUCCUUCAAGGCUCUCCACACUGCUAUAUAAUCCAACUCCAAGUCCACAAACUCCUCACAAGUCACUACCAAAUUUUCAUCAUCUCGAUAUUGACUAGUGAUAAAUUCAGACGUUUUCUUUUAAUUUCUCUAAAACCGCUAAAAGAAAAUGAUGGUAAACAAGGUUAUUUCGGGUUCGAUUCUGUUUUUCAUAUUGGUGGGUUCAGUUCUUGUAGUGGAGGCUCGUCCGCUGGGUUUAACGAAGGCCGAAGAGAAGCUAGCAGCUAAAUUCUUUGAUGGUUUGUCACUUGGUGCGAUCAAGGACUCGGGUCCUGGCUCUGGUGGUGAGGGUCAUAAAUUCGUGGAUCGGAGUGAGCCGGUUGUAUAUGGUAAGUACUCUGGUCCCAGUCCGAGCGGACCGGGUCACUAAGUAAGGAACCAGUGGUUCCGAGUUCUGACGAAUUGGUUAAGGUGGCCACUUCGGUGUAGCUAGCUUCAAAAAUUGAUUAUUUCUUUAGUUUCUUUUUUUUGUUAUACCUUUCAGAUUAUUUAAUAAGGAUAUUUCUCCACCUUCACCAUACAAAUACAAUGGUGGAGAACAAAUUGGAGGAAACCAAGAAUUGGUAGAAUGUCAUUCUUUUCUCUGUAGUAUUGUUUUGUUUGUUUAAUGGUUGUAGUUUAUUUGAAAACAAUAAACAAUGUAAUAAAAUUCAUUGAUUAUUUUGUUUAAUAUAUAACUUCAUUUUUCACU